GCUGAUGCAACUUUAGAUAAUACUCUCUGGAGCACUUCCUCAAGCAAUCUGUAUUCAACUAGUCCCCGGAGUUUGUGGUUCCCCAUCCGAAGAAUGACCUGAGGUCAAAUUGAGUCCAAUAUAGGCGGAUGGCAGAAUCAAGGAAAGGAGCAUCUUCAGCUACCGAUCUUAGAAAAAAGGAUACCCUAUUAGAUGAGGACAUUGGUGAUGAAUUUAUGAACUCUUGGAAAUCAAUAUCGGUGGCAGAGGAUGAUAUGGACUUUAGUUUUGGCACAGUCUCCAAAGCCAAGAAUAAGGCCUUUGAUUUCGGGACAUUGGAUGUUGAUUUCAAUCUGGAUGGAAGUUUUGAAAAGCUAUCAUCAUUCAAGAUGGACAUGUCAGAUCUUGAAUUUUCAUGCUCGCCCAAAAAGACUGAAAAGGCUAGGAGUAGUGGCAAAGAAGAAUCGCCCAAUGAAAAUCUUCAAAAGGAUAUAGACAGCUUAAAUUUCUCUUUUGAUUUUAAAGAAUUGGAUAGCUUUGAUGUUGGUAAAAGCUUACAAAAUGGAGAAAGGUCUUGUAACCGAAAGCAAGAUACCAGGGCAGUUUGUUCUUCUAGAGUUGACCUUGCAGCUUCUAAUAUCCACAUAGCUGAAGAAAAUACUGCAAUUGAUAAUAGUAUAACUAAGAUACUUCCAGCAUCAGGAAAAGAGACCAGCUCUAAAGUUCAGAACUUUCAGGGAGGUCGUGGUGAGCUAGAGUCAGAAGUUGUGGAUGGCACAUCACAUGAAGCAAUAAAUGCAGUGCAAACUACAAACAAAGAGGAACAACUUGAAAAAGGUUGCUUGUCUGAGAAAGAAGUGUCAAAGAGUAGUAACCUAGCCAUUCAUGAUGUACCUAUCAAGUGUAUUGCCAGAAAUUAUGCACCUGAAUGUACUUCAGAACCACAGCCCGAUAUUCGUACAACGAGUGGGGAACUAAGAGUAGUUUCAGGUGUAACUGAAAAUGUCACUGAUGAAAUCAUAGACUCUGAUGUAACUUGCUGUAAAAACUUGCCUCAAAAAGAUCUGUCUCCAAUAAUUCUCUGUGCACCAGAGAGCAAUCACACAGAGGAAGAUAAGUCAGAAUGCAGCACCCCCAAUGAAGUUGUUGACAAGAUUCAACUAGCUGAAGUUCGUUUAGACCUCAGAGAUCGUUCCAAUUCAGAUGUGCAGAGGAAGCUUCUGCCUGACCCCCAGGAAAUCAGAGAAAAUAGAAAUUUGAACUUGAAAUUGCCUACAAUUCCUUUAUGCAGAGGAACCCCAGUAAGAAAAGUGACAGUGAAAGAAAGAGAAAUCGAUGGUAAUUCCUCCACGUCAAGGACAGAUGUUGUUAGCAAACCUCAACUACAUCAAUCAUCACCUAUCAGUACGAAACUUUUCACUUUAGGCAAGAAUAGAAUUGAUGUUUCAAAUCAAACUCCAGCAACUGGAGAUGGUGCCAGGGUUACUCCUAGCAAUUCAUGUGUGAAAACAACUACUCAAACACAUUGCAAUUCGGAACUUCUGAAACUAUCAACGGUACCUAGUCAAAGUCUGAAGAUCAUUUCAGCUCAGGAGAGUAAACUUCGUUCAAUUAAAAGUAGCUUAAUAUUUCCCAACCUUUCCAGCUUGAAGACUUCUUGGGCGUUUGGAGGAAAGCAAAUUCUAUCAAGUACUGGACGUGAGAAAGAAAGGAAAUCUGGAGAUUCAGAACAAACUACGGAAGCAGGACAAAGAAGUAAAAGACUAGACAUUGGCUAUUGUACUGAAAAUGCUGAGAAACAAAAUCUUCUAAUCUCUAACAUGAAGCGUAAAGCACUGGAGGAAUCAAAUGCAGAUUCAAUGUUGUUAAAACCUCUAAAGCGCCUCUCUGUAUCACCUAUUGGAUUUAGAAACUCCAAAGAGCCGUUGGAGAAGAAGAUAGAAGAACAGGUGGAAGGUAUGACCUCCAAUGCUUCCCAUGACCACAUAGCCUCCAGUAUUGAAAACCCUCACGUUCCUAAUACGAUGGAAUUGGAAAUAUCUUUGGAUCUGGAAAAUGAUCGAAAUGUCGAAAAAGCAGACGCCUAUUCACGGGAGCUUGAAGAUAUCUGUAAUAUGCUGAGAAAGAAGCAUGAUGAGGCCAAGGAAAUGUUAGUCCGAGUUAUUGUUAACAACAGUAAUCUACUCAUGCUCAAUCAUCCCAUCUUCGAGGACAAGAUUAGGAAGGUUCAGAAAUUUGCGGCCAAACUGCUGUCCAAGGAGCUUCAGACAAAAGCAGCUUGAGUCAUAAUUCCAUUUACAGGUACUUGGAUAGAAACAUGUAAAGUUUAAAACUCUGAGAACAGCUCUAAAAAAUUUCUGGUUCAUUGGCGAGAAUACACCCUAUAAUUGAUGCUACGUAAAAGGACAAGGAUUGAGUUCUUUAUUAGAACCAAUAAAUUUCAGUAGGGAAACGAAAAAGGAAGAUCAAAAUAGAUGGUUUUGGCGAGUAUAAAAACCAGCCACAUCUCGAGGCUCUGCAGCACGCUACAAAGUAUCUCUUCACUCUUCACAUAAACUGGCACACAAUAAUGGCCAAUUUUAACUUCUGGAUUUGCCUCUUCUUGGCCUUCUCCUAUUUUGCAGGGUCUGAAUCUCGACUUCUUGGUUUAUACUCAGAACCAAGCCUCCCUCUUCCGGUGAAAUCAUACCGGCCGGCGCUGUUGGGUCCCAAGGAGAAAUUUCACAUCGGGUUGGUCGCAGUCGACAGCUCGGGAACCAACUAUCACCAUAAGGUGGCUCGUCUGUCUCCUGGAGGACCUGAUGCCCACCAUCACUAAUUUUACCAACUUUUUUACGAAGGUAGAGGUGGAGAUUGGAACUUUUCAAUAUAAGUUUCUUGUAUUCCACCAAAGAGUUGUGCUCAAAUUUUACUAAUUUUAUGUUGUAGACUCUAAUGUCAAGAGAUGAACUCACUCUUACAAGAAAAUAAAUUGUAACGUAAUCAAUAGUGUCCCUUUUUAUGACCAAAUUUGUCAUAAAUGACGUAUGUCGAUUUUAUAAUACCAAGUUGACCCAGAAACCAAACAUUAUCUAAAGUGUUAUAUAUAUAAAGAAGAUGCACGUACGUCACAA